CUCACGGCCUCCGAAGGCGCCGCGGGGGGAGUCGCGGAGUGGGCAAUCUGGACCACAGAGGGAGCCCGGGUUAUUUGGAGCCUUUUGCUGGUAGCGAGGAAGAACGGUGGAAGUCGACCUGCUGCAGUUGCUUCCUUUGAGAGCAGAGAAAUACCGGACGCUGCUCGGGAUUAUUUGUCCAAGUGCUUUCUCCUGCAAAGGUUUCUGAAGCAAUCAGUAGGCAUCUGGGAAAGUGAAUUGGAAAUUUGAAGUCGUGAGCUUUCUAGAAGUGCACAGCACCUCACCCUCGGACGCUUUUGUCCGCAUGGCAUGGAUACGCAGCUGAAUUUGUCAAGUUUGGAAUGCUUCGGCUGUCAAAUAAAGUGCUUUUAGGUUUUUAGUUACCUUUUUUCUUCCAAGCAACACUCUGUCUGAGUCACAGGCGUAACUGGUUUCGUGGACUGGCUCCAGGUUAAAUGUAGCCUGAGUCACUGUGUAGACAUUACUGAAAAGUUUCAUGGCAUAUAUUUUUACCCUUAUUUUAUUUUUUAGGUUUUCUGACAUAGCCUUUUGUCAUUUUACAUUGAGACAUAUUUUCUAAAUGAAGAGUCUAACAGAAAUUUGUUUAUCAUUUUUUCUUUUAUAUUUUAUUUAAUAUUUUUGUUGGAAAAUGUUGUUGCCAAUAAGCAAUAUGGCGGUAUCCAGAUAGCUGUUGUUUACAAAUGCCUCUGCUACCUGAAGCUAGGAAAUGUUCCUCAGCUCAGAUGUGAAAUUCGGAUUUUCAGCUUUACAGUUGGUGGCAUAAACAGUGUAUUUAUUUCACCUGGAGCUGAUGAUUUCUAUAGUGAUAUGUACAUGGAAUAGACAAGAGAAGAAUCUUUCAGAGAAAAAACGAGCCUUUUAAGUCAGAGACUUGGAAAAUUUUGGAAAUAGCCUUGCAGAAUCUGUAAGCAAGAAGGAUGGGUAGCUGAUUCGUGUGAGGUCAAAUCUAUGUCAAACAGCUACGAAUGUAGUAUCAACAAGAACUUGGGAUAUUAUCUCAAGGAAGACAAACUGGAAAAAUACAAAUCACGCAGUGCUAACACCUUGUGCGGUCCUCUUGGAUUAGGUGUGCUUUCAGCUGAAUUGCUACUGCCUCAAAGGAAAUUAAGAUGGACAGAACAACUUAAUUCAAAAAAGAUACUUCCCAGAUUCACAACUAGUAAGCCAUCAAACUCUCGUUCUUCCAUGUAAAAUUUGUGAGGAUGCCAACAAGGAGGAGGACUUAUCUUUGUUAAUGCUAUUGAAAAGGCUGGAGGCUGCUGAGACAGGCGUUAAGACAGCAUACCGUCAAAACGUUGUUACAUGAUAGCAAUGUUUCAUUACAGGACGAUGUUUGAAAUUCGUAACUGUGUCUGAUAAACCAAAGAGUUGCUUUUCAUUGCUAGAACACCUCUAGUGCGUAAGGUUUGCGGACCUUGGAAAACAAAAGGUAGUAUUACAUGUUUUAAAGCUUUCUUCCGGUGAGUCACAAAACUGUUACAGUUUAAUGCAUUUAAAAUGAGAUACUAUGUAGUUUGUCUUGUUCUCUUAUGAGCUACUUAAACCAUUAAAAAAAUGAAAAUAGCUUCAAAACCUAGUAGCAGUAAAGUGAGUAGAUACUAUGUUAUUUUCUACUGUCUUUUCAGGAUUUUGUAGUUUAAAAAUCAUGCUUAUUUUUUCUGUUUUGGCCUGUUCAACAAAAGAUAGAAGCAUGGUAUCUUUGUAAAUUGAAGCAAUCGAAGAAUGCUUCGAUUACAGCUGCUUCCCCUGCUAUUUGCGCCAGCAGUGUCCCAGAGGAUCAUUUCUCCCUGACUCCUCACCCCUCACUGUUUGCAGGCUCCCACGUCCACAUACGCAGCCAGUACUGAUUGCCUGAGAGGAGUUUUCAUGGGAGUCACUUUUCCAAUGCCUGAGCUGUAUUACACACUUCAGAGAUGCCAUUUGGCUGUUUGGGAUGUGUUGGACUUGCCAUGAGGUGCUGAAGCCUUGUUUCAUUGAUUCGGAGAGACUGGACCUAAAUGGCGCAGCAUGACUUUGCUCCAGCCUGGCUUAAUUUUCCUACUCCGCCAUCGUCAACAAAGUCAUCACUGAACUUUGAGAAACAUUCUGAAAAUUUUUCAUGGACAGAGAAUCGUUACGAAGCAAAUCGCAGAAGACACAACUCUUCAGAUGGAUUUGAUCCUAACAUUGGACGGCCUAAUGGAGGGCAUUUUGGGAGAAAAGAGAAGAAUGGGUGGCGUUCACAAGGCAGAAGUGGUACAGAAAAUAUAAACCAUCGUGGGGGAUACCAUGGCGGAGGUUCCCGUGCUCGUACCGGCACUUUCCACUGUGGAAAAAGCCAAGGACUGCAUGAAAACAAUGUACCUGUUAAUGAAACUGGGAAAAAGGAAGACAAAGAAGUACCUAAACAGUUUGAGGCUGAGGAUUUUCCAUCUUUGAAUCCUGAAUAUGAGAGGGAACCAAACCAGAAUAAAUCAUUAGCUGCAGGUGUGUGGGAAUAUCCUUUGAACCCUAAAUCUAGAUCUCCAAGAAUGCUGGUCAUUAAAAAGGGCAAUACAAAAGAACUGCAGAUAUCUGGAUUUCCUGUAGUAGGAAGUCUUCAUUCACAGCCAGUAAAAAAUGGAACUGGCACAAGUGUUUAUAAAGGAUUAAUCCCUAAACCUGCCACUCCACCCACGAAGCCUUCACAGUGGAAAAGCCAAGCAAAAGAAAAUAAAGUUGGAAAUCCAUUUCCUCAUGAAUCUGCAUAUGGUAUUGGCAAUUUCGUUCCUUUCAAAUCAACUGCCAAGGCAUUUCCUGUAUCACAAAAUUCAGUGAAAGAGUGUAAUCGGUCAAAUUCUUCAUCCCCUGUUGACAAAGUUGGUCAGCCUCGUUUAACAAAAUUGACAAGAAUGCGAACUGAUAAGAAGAGUGAAUUUUUGAAAGCAUUGAAACGAGAUCGAGUGGAAGAAGAACAUGAAGAUGAGAAUCAUGCUGGGCAAGAGAAGGAUGAUGACUCCUUUAACUUGUGUAACAGCAACAGUCCUCAUCAUGAGAGAGAUAUAAACCGAAACUUUGAAAAUGAAAUUCCUCAAGAGAAUGGCAAUGCUUCAAUUACAUCUCAACAGAUCAUUCGAUCUUCAACUUUACCUCAGGCAGAUGUUCUUUCAAGCUCGCUUGAGGCAGAGCAUAGGUUGUUAAAGGAGAUGGGCUGGCAGGAAGACGCUGAAAAUGAUGAAACGUGUGCUCCACUAACAGAGGAUGAGAUGAGGGAAUUCCAAGUCAUUAGUGAACAGUUACAAAAAAAUGGCCUCCGGAAAAAUGGCAUUUUGAAAAAUGGCCUCAUCUGUGAUUUUAAAUUUAGCCCCUGGAAAAACAGCACUUUCAAACCUGCUCUGGAGAAUGAGGAUUCUGAAACGAGCAGCACUGAUACGUCAGAUGAUGACGAUGUGUGAAGAUUUCUGUACCAUCUGUAGAAGCUUGUUUUGAUCUCAUGAGAAUAUGGGGAUGUAUUAUCAAAAAAAAAAAUCUAAGUUAUGUAGUAACAUACCCUGUUAGAAGAAGAAUGAUGGGACUUCUCUCUGAAGAAAGCAAGGAAUGUUGUGUCGGGUGUGUUGAACAUUACUAUAUUUCUUUGUUAACGAAUGUUGUAGAAUGAGGACUUGGGUUGCCCCAGCAUUGACUUUCUUCAUCACUGCAGCAUUUCUGACUAGCAAUGUGACAAUGUAACAAAUCAGACUUUCUCAUUUAAUAAUAAAAACAAAAAGAAUUG